UAGCAAUUGGUCACCAUCAGUCUUCAUUUGUAAGCUGCCCCCUUGCCCCUGCCCCCCUAGCUUGUAGUCGCCACACAACCCUUCUCUCCUUCCGUCGACUCUAUCGUCUCUGCAACACUUCCACGCUUUGGCUCGCUCUUACUCCAAUACAAAAUGUCCGCAAUACUUCGACGCCAACCGCGUCUCUUCUCCGUGUUUCCGAGGAACAACCGCCGCUUCUCCUCAAACGCCACCGCCGAUCCUCCCAAAGAGCCAAUCAUUUCCUCUUCAACAAUACUCAGCGAUCAGCCUCCGCCGUCCGACGCUUCUACUCCCAAACCUCCCCCCGCCGGAGCUGAGAAGAAACCGUGGAGUUUCCUCAAGUAUUCCCUCAUUGCCGCCUUCACUGGCGGCGUAGCCACAGCUGCUUAUGCUACCUACGCAUACUCUCUGGAUGAAGUUGAUCAGAAGACCAGGGAUUUUCGGGCAGCUGCAAAUUAUACUGUUGGGGAUGACGCACCUGCUUUUGAUAAAAUUAAAGCUCGGGUGUAUUCUUCUGCAAUGACUGUACCUGCCAAGUUAGUUGAACUGUACCUAGAUCUGAGACGGUUGGCAGAAGAGCAAGUUCGAGAUUAUACUGAACCAUUAUCUGAUAAGCUACUCCCAGAUUUGCACCCCAUGGAGCAGCAUGUGAUUACCCUUGUUCUUGAUCUAAAUGAGACGCUGGUAUAUUCUGAUUGGAAGCGUGACAGAGGCUGGAGGACUUUCAAGAGACCUGGAGUUGAUGCUUUCCUGGAACAUUUAGCUCAGUUUUUUGAGAUUGUUGUAUACUCUGAUCAGCAGAGCAUGUAUGUUGAUCCUGUUGUCGAAAGAUUGGAUCCAAAGAACUGUAUCCGGUAUAGGCUAUCAAGAGGUGCAACUAAAUAUCUCAAUGGCAAGCAUUAUAGAGAUCUUUCAAUGCUGAACAGAGAUCCCUCAAAGGUUAUAUAUAUCAGUGGUCAUGCACUUGAAAGCAGCCUUCAACCAGAAAAUUGUUUGGAAAUCAAACCAUGGACAGGAGAAUCUGAAGAUACAGCACUUUUGGAUCUUAUUCCAUUUCUUGAAUAUGUUGGCAAGCAUAGGCCAGGUGAUAUACGAGCUGUUUUAUCUUCAUACGAAGGGCGUGAUGUUGCCAAGGAGUUCAUUGAACGGUCUAAGGAGCAUCAGAGGCGAAUGCAAGAGCAAAAGCAGCAGGGUCGUAUCUGGCGCCGCUAGAUACAAGGAUUGGCUAACUGUAGGAUUGUAUACUUGUUCGAGACAAUGAACAACAACAACUAUUACUACUGUGAAGUAGUAGCAACCAAUUUUGUGUAGUUAAUAAUUCCAUCCUUGUUUGGAGAUGACCCUUUUUCAACUCCAGCCUACUGCACUCUUCCAUUAAAUAUCUUUACCCUAGCUUAAAUCAACUUCAUGUUUAACCCCAUAUUAUUAUGAGUCACACUUGUGUGA